UUGAUACUGUACUUGUUUGAGAACUGGUUUGAUGGAUGGAAUUAGUGGAAAAUGUGAAGUUGAAGCUGGGGCUUCUGUUCCAGAAGCUACUAGUUCUCAUGGGAUUGAAGAAACUAACCCUGAAAGGCUGAAGAACACGCCGUCGAAUAUAAGGAGAUUGGCGAAUGAGAUACAGCAGUGUGAGGGUCGGCAGAAGUAUCUCACCCAGACGACAAGUCCAUCCGAUGGGGGUGAUGUUCGUUGGUAUUUUUGCAAGGUCCCUUUAGGAGAUAAUGAGCUGGCUGCCUCACUCCCUCGCACUGAAAUAGUGGGAAAGGGUGAUUAUUUUCGGUUUGCCAUGAGGGAUUCUCUUGCAAUAGAGGCAUCUUUCUUGCAGAGAGAGGAAGAAUUGCUUUCUAGUUGGUGGAAGGAGUAUGCGGAAUGUAGUGAAGGUCCUAUGGGCCAUCCUAGUUCCAGUUCUAAAUUGAAUUCACAACCAAAAUCAUCUUAUUUAGAGAGUGAACAAUCAUCCCAACUAUAUGAAUUUGAAGAAGAAAGAGUUGGUGUACCUGUGAAGGGAGGUUUGUAUGAGGUAGAUUUAGUGAAAAGACAUUGCUUUCCUGUUUACUGGAAUGGAGAAAAUCGGCGUGUUUUAAGAGGUCAUUGGUUUGCUCGUAAAGGGGGGCUCGAUUGGCUUCCACUGCGUGAAGAUGUCAGUGAACAGUUGGAGUUUGCGUAUCGCAGCCAGGUUUGGCAUCGGCGAACAUUUCAGCCAUCAGGACUUUUUGCAUCUCGUAUUGAUUUGCAAGGCUCUACCCCGGGACUGCAUGUUCUUUUUACUGGAGAAGAUGACACAUGGGAGGCUUGGCUAAAUGUUGAUGCCUCUGGUUUUUCCAGUGUGAUUAGUUUGAGAGGCAAUGGCAUUAUGUUAAGGCGUGGAUAUGCUGCAUCUCAGUCAUUGAAACCAACUCAGGAUGAGUUACGUCAGCAGAAGGAGGAAGAAAUGGAUGAUUAUUGUUCACAGGUGCCAGUUCAACAUGUAGUGUUUAUGGUACAUGGUAUUGGUCAAAGGUUGGAAAAAUCUAAUUUGGUAGAUGACGUGGCUACUUUUCGCGAAGUCACAACAAAUCUUGCUGAACGACACCUAAGUUCAUAUCAGCUGGGGACCCAAAGAGUCCUUUUCAUCCCGUGCCAGUGGAGGAAAGGCUUGAAGCUAAGUGGUGAAUCUGCAGUUGAGAAAAUAACAUUGGACGGCGUACGGGGUUUGCGUGUGAUGUUGAGUGCUACGGUUCAUGAUGUAUUGUACUACAUGAGCCCCAUCUACUGCCAGGAUAUCAUCAAUUCGGUCUCCAACCAACUAAACCGAUUAUAUUUGAAGUUCUUGAAGAGGAAUCCUGGUUAUGAUGGAAAGGUUUCCUUGUACGGUCACUCUUUGGGUAGUGUCAUCUCGUACGAUAUUAUUUGUCAUCAAGAGAAUUUAUCCUCCCCAUUUCCAAUGGACUGGAUCUACAAGGAACACACUAGGAAUGAAGAAUUUUCCCCUACUAUCAACAACCAACCUCCUGAAUGCAACUUCACAUCCAAUCAGGACAAGAACGGCUCAUUAAACAAUGAAACUAAGAGCAUGGUUGGUCCCAUUAGAGAAGACAAUGCGAGUGAACAGCCAUCUUUGCCAGUCCUGGAGAAAGAACAUGCAGAAGAAUCUUCCGUUCCUGCUGGUUCUUCUGUCACAUUAGAUUUAGAUGAUCCUUCUGUGAGGGCUGUGGACCCUAAGCAACCAAAUGGUAUUUCAUCACUGGAGAAAGAUGUCCAGGACCAGGUUUCUGAUCUUAGAGGCAUGCUUUCUAGCAAAAGGAAUGAUUUUAAUGAAGCCUCAAGCAUGAACUAUGAAAUCCUGGUGGCCGGUUCUGAGGAAGUGUCCGAAGGAGUGUUUGAGAGUGAUAAGGACAAAGCAAUCAAACUCCUGAGGGAAGAGAUUGAUUCUUUAAAAGCAAGAAACACAGAAUUGGAAUAUCAGUGUGGUGGUAAAGGAAAUGAGGUGGUGCCCACAACUAUUACAAAUCAACCUGAUUCUGGAAAACUUCCACCAGGGGAAAUUGAUAUGGCGGAGUGUUAUACUCCUUAUAUAAAAUAUACAAAGCUAGAAUUCGAGGUGGACACCUUUUUUGCAGCUGGGUCUCCCCUUGGUGUAUUUCUUGCCCUCCGUAAUAUUCGUAUUGGAAUUGGAGCUCUGUUCCUGUCAGUGCACAUGUGCUCAACACUCGCAGACAAGCUGUGUCCCUGUCAGAGCAUGUGCAAAGGAAAAGAAUAUUGGGAAGAGGAAAAUAUAAGUGAAGAGAUGCCAGCUUGUCGCCAAAUGUUCAACAUCUUUCACCCAUUUGAUCCUGUGGCUUAUAGAAUAGAACCACUCAUCUGUAAAGAAUACAUCAGCAAACGCCCUGUUAUUGUUCCUUACCACAAAGGUGGAAAACGAUUGCAUAUCGGAUUUCGGGAAUUUACUGAAGAUCUAGCUUUACGUUCUCAGGCAAUAAAAGAUGAACUGAACUCUGUAAGGGUCAAAGUGCUUACGCUAUGCCAAUCAAAAGACAAGGAUAACCUUGAUGAAGAAUCAGUAGAUACUCAUGAGAAAGAGAGAUCAUACGGUUCAAUUAUGAUGGAGAGGUUGACAGGGAGUGAGGAUGGGCGAAUAGAUCACAUGCUUCAAGAUAAAACCUUUCAGCAUCCAUACAUAUCAGCGAUUGGAGCACAUACGAAUUAUUGGAGGGAUCCUGAUACUGCCCUUUUCAUACUGAAACACUUGUAUCGAGACAUACCUGAAGAUCCCGAGGUGCUUGAAGAAAUCAAAGAUAGCAGCUCAAAAAAUGGGAGCGAAGGCUGGUCGGACCAAAGAGAGGCCGUGGAUGAAGAGCUUCCUUUAACAUUUGCUGAUAGAGUUUUCGUAAGAAACUUCUCUAGGGGAGCAAGGAAGCUCAUGAAAAAGCGCUGAAAAUUUCAUCCUUGUUUAUUCUGCAAAAAAUUUGACAGGAUGAGUCCUUAAAGGAAGAUCAGGCGGCGUUUGGAAUUACAAGAAUGAGAAUGAAUUAUGAAGAAUAAAAUUUGCGGGUACAUUGUCCAGAUCGAUGUAACUACUUAAUCAUCAGCAGUACAAAGUUAACAUUAGUUGAGAACUUCACACUGUACAUGAAGAUUAAAAUAAAAAAAUAAAAAAAUAAAAAGAAAUUUUAGGACUGGUCUGGUCUGUUGUGAGGAGAGUGGUCUGUUCUGUUGUGAGGAAUUACACUACAUGUAUGGAAUGUUGUAGGUUGGUUUGUGCAUAGUUUGUAUAUACAAACUAUAUAUAGUUACUGAAUUAUUUAUGUGGAUAGCUAAGAAAAUGGUUAUUUCAGGGAGGUAUUCUUGAA